AUGCGCUUCCGCUACCUCUCCGCCACCCUUCUCGCCUCGGCGUUGCCAGCUUUUGCUGGUGUUAAAGAGCUCUGGUGGGACCUCACAUACGUGCAGGGUGCUAGCCCAGAUGGCCUCUUCGAACGUCGCGUUAUUGGUGUUAAUGGAACAUGGCCGCCUCCACCCAUUGAUGUCAACACCACAGACUCGUUUGUGGUACAUGUUACCAACUCUCUGGAUGAACCUGCUACUCUGCACCACCAUGGAAUGUUUUUCAACUCUACAUCCUGGAUGGAUGGUGCGGUUGGCGUCACAGAAUGUGGUAUUCCCCCUGGCGGAAAAUUCGACUAUGUUGUACCUGUUGACACGUCGGGACAAUGGGGCACGUACUGGGUCCACGCCCACUCUAAGGGACAAUACGUCGACGGCCUCCGUGCGCCGGUCGUGCUCCACCCACCGCGGGAACCUCAUGUCUACGAUGGCGAAUUUACGGUCGUCCUCGGUGACUGGUACCACGAUGAACACGCCGUCCUCCUCAAACAAUUCAUCAACAUUGCCAACCCCGGUGGGGCUGAACCUGUACCGGACUCUGCUCUCAUAUAUUUCGCGCAGAAUGCAUCGUACUUGGGUCCAAUUUCGGGUACGAACCCCCACCCUGUUACUGCCGCCGUUGGCUUCAAUGAGAAUGCCACUCUUCCGUUCGAGCCUGGUAAAACAUACCGUCUGCGCGUCGUGAACACCUCCGCAUUUGCCGCUUUCUUCUUCUGGAUCGACGGGCACGACAUGCGCGUCAUCGAAGUUGAUGGGACUGAUAUUGAAGAAUCUCCAAUCGACCUGCUCAGUGUGACCGUUGCGCAGAGAUACUCAGUCCUGGUCACCGCUCGUAACGACACGUCGGCUAACUGGGCCAUCCACGCCAACAUGGAUGUCGAUAUGUUUGACACCAUCCCGGAUGCGCUGAACCCUAAUGUCACGAGUUCUAUAACAUACAGUUCUUCCUCUCCUCUCACGGACCUCGGGUUCGUUGAUGAGUACCACGAUGUCGAUGAUAUCGACAUGGUACCCAUCGAAGUCAUUGCUCAACCCGCUGCCACCAAGACCAUCGAACUCGAAGUCAUCUUCGACACCAUGGACGACGGGACCAACCACGCUAUGUUCAACCAGAUCACUUACAACUCACCCAAAGUACCGGCGGUAUUUUCAGCACUCAGCCUGGGGAGCAAUGCGACAGUAGAGCAAGCAUACGGGCCUUUGAGCUUCGUGGUCGACCAUAUGGACGUUGUCGACAUUGUGAUCAAGAACGGAGAUGCCGGGAAGCAUCCAUUCCAUUUGCAUGGGCACAAACCCAUGAUCGUUGGUCGAUCAGAGGAUUACACUUCGGAUGACCCUGAGUUGAAUCCUCCCAUCAAAGAAGGCCAGGCCAACCCCAUGCGCAGAGACACCGUACAAAUACCAUCCAUGCACUCUGUGACGUUGCGCGUGGUGGCGGAUAACCCGGGAGUGUGGUUCCUCCAUUGCCACAUUGAAUGGCAUCUCGAAGUCGGUCUUGCCAUGCAACUCAUUGAAGCACCUCUGGAAGCACAGCAGCGAAACACCGUACCCCAACUCAUGUACGAUAACUGUAAGGCUCUAAACUUACCUUUCUCUGGAAAUGCUGCCGGAUUUGCUUCCACGACACAACUGGACGGUCUUCCUCUUGGUCCUUAUCCUCAAAAUAAUGGGUGGCAUGCCCGAGGUAUCGGCGCAAUGUUUGGUUGUGUGUUCACGGCUACACUUGGAAUGGCGUCCGUCGUAUGGUACGCGCUCGGCGGACAUUUGUCCGAAGAAGAGGAAGAACACGAGCAUGCGAUCAAAAUGAGGAUCACGUCGAAUAUCAAUUUCGGUGGCCAUACGGCUUACGAUGAGUUCUCAAAGGUCGCUGUGCAAACGGGCCUCAUAAAGACCAUGCUUGCCUUGACGCAAAGGAAAGAACUCGAUAGUGUUCGUGCUUCGGCAUCCUAUCAAGCGAUGGAUACAAUCGCGCGGCUUAUGACAUCCGGAACGACCGCAGAGCGCCGUUCACUGGUCACUGACCUCGUCCAACGCAAUAUUGUAAAGAUCGCACUUAAUAAAAUGGACCACCCUUUAUGUCUUCACCACCAAGUAGCAGCCAAUCUCUUGCGUACCCUGACCACUGAAAGCUUCCUUGGGGAGAUGAUAAAUGGCGCACAAGCCGCAGAUAUCAUAGCGAAAUUGGCCUCGUUCACGGCUUCUGGUCCGGAUUUGUUCAUCAAGCAGUUCACAUCCCCCUCUACUAGCUGGCAAACCAGUAUAGCCAUUGGCAGAGAAUUGACGCUUCCUCAAGCUAAGGCAUACGCGCCGAGAUAUUUUGGAUUGACCCAAGAGAACGCUAUGUGGGCGAUGCACGGUUUGAUGUGCCGUGAUCCACCGCCCACUCAUCAAACCCGCCUUGACAUCCUUCGUCACAACCCAGAAGUUAUCGACCUCAUGUUCAAAUGCGCUUCCUUACGCAGGGAACCGUGGUAUCCGGAAAAUCAAUGCGACUCUAUCGCCUGUGAGGUAAUAGCUAUGCUCUUCAUGGAUUUGCUUGAAAAUGUACCGGGUGUACACACUGUAUUACCUGAUGCAGCUCAGGCCUCCGAUGAUGCUGAAGCAGAGGCAUUCAAUGAGUCUCUCCAGAUCUUAUUCUCACGCGAUAACUGGGUCGAGAAAAUCAUUGGCGUGCAGAAACGGCUAGACGACGAAAAGUGGCAAGAUAGUCUUCAGUUUUUCAAGCGAGUGACACGCGAUUAUCUCGCCGUGCAACCCCCUGGCGAAGACUCAUUCAUACAAAUAUUUGAAUAUCGAGGCACUUCGCGAAUAUGCAUGCUACGCCUCAUAGCCACUGCUACUCACGCGUCGGAUCUAUCUACAUUCACCGAUGCAAACAUCAUAUCACUGCUUCGAGUCGCUCAUCUCAGCGCACAACGCGCUCAGAACACAAAGCCUCCGCAAUCCAUCAUCAACAAGGCCGAGCUCUACCUGGGUUUAGAAUGCAAUCAGGAGAUACAUCGCGAACCCCUCUAUACGCGAUCGGUUCCUCAGUCGAUCGAGGCGCCGCACGUCGUCCCGCCUGAGCUGGUGAUGGGUCCCAUUGCCAUGCUUCGACUGCUCACACUCCUCGCUCAGAGAGAUCUUCUCGACAAAAUACCGUCUUGGCAGCGUCUUCCCGAUGGUACAUCCAAGACGGUCACCCUACGCCAGUUACAACAAAUGACCAGCGACGAGACAAUCGGAAAGUUGCUCAAAUACUCUAUGAAAGUAGUCGCUGCGCGAAGGGAGAAGGGAACAGAAUCCAUGAAGAAAGGCAAACUGGAAUAUGCGGGUGGAAUAUACAUGUCGGCCGCUGAAUUCGCCGCUGCACUCCUCGCCUUCGACGAAGCUACUAAGGGCAAGUGGCGGACACAAUUGUCGGGUGCACGAUCCGAACUAGUGAAGUCGUUGGGAAACGCUGCAGAAAUGUCAUUUCAGCGAGGUAAGUUUCGUCGGGCACUUCGUUUCGCGUCGGGGGCCAUCGAAGCAGGGGAAGGUGCUUCAGAUGUUGAUUCAGCCCUCCUGGCCAAGAACAAGCGGAGGUUUGACGCUGCUAAGUCACAAUUGCCAUGA